GGCAUUCAUAUGUGAUAAACAAUUACACUUAUCACACAGUCGAUUAUGGACAAGACAGACCAACAAUGAACAGUGAGUUACGUGUCCCAACCAUCGGUUCAGAUAACUCGAAAACCAAUUUUUAUGGUUUCUUGCAUGAGAUUCUCGAACUUCAACCGCCUUCUGGUGGGCAAGAAUUGAAUUGCGUUUUGUUCUGCUGCACAUGGGUCGAUCCUACACGUGGUGUGAGAAAAAAUUCAAAGUAUAAUAUAAUUGACGUCAACCACUCUCACGUGUAUCGGAAAAAUGAGCCUUUUAUAUUCGUUCAACAAGCAGCUCGGGUUUAUUAUGCAGAGUAUCCUUCAACCAGGCGCACACCGAGUCCUUGGGUGUGUGCAUGUACUGUCCGUUCGAGCAAAAUUGGAUAACAGACUCAACCCAAGGAUGUUGAUUUUGAUGCUUUUCAGCAAGAUUUUUUUCAACUUCCGUCUAUUGCUGAGACGGUCAACCACUACAUUGAGUUAUGUGAUCCAAAUGGCCAACAUAUUGAAGUCAUGACAAUAACACACCUUCCAC